CGUGAUGAAUUAAUUGGAUCUAGCCGGUGACCUUGGACUCCACUUUCCUUCACGGUAGAGCUCGCACAGUAUUCUCAAUCUGUUGCUUCAAAAUACAUAAAUAGUUCAAAACUAUGUACGUAUAGAUCAUAGACAAUAUAGGAAGAAGAAAAUGGGGAAACAUUCGACGGUGUCGAUCCCAUUCCAGAAGAGAUGGCCUCUGAUGUUUCUAAUAUUGUUCUCUCUCUCCACCGCCAUCGUCUUCUUCAUCAGAUUUUCUUCAGAUUCUUCUUCUUGCAACACUCGUAAUUACGAAGCCAAUACUGACAAUACUCAUCAAAUUCAAGUUGGAAGCUUCGCGAAUCCGCUUAAUUUCAUGAAGUCCAAGCUCGUUCUAUUGGUUUCCCACGAACUCUCUCUUUCUGGUGGACCUUUAUUAUUGAUGGAGCUAGCAUUUCUCUUAAGAGGUGUUGGUGCAGAAGUUGUUUGGAUUACUAAUCAGAAACCAACCGAACCAGAUGAGGUGACUUACAGUUUGGAGCAUAAGAUGUUGGACCGAGGUGUACAGGUUGUCUCUGCUAAGGGUCAAAAAGCUAUAGAUACAGCUCUUAAAGCUGAUUUGGUCAUUUUAAAUACUGCAGUCGCCGGGAAGUGGCUAGAUGCCGUUCUCAAGGAAAAUGUACCUCGCAUCCUUCCAAAGGUUUUAUGGUGGAUUCAUGAAAUGCGAGGGCAUUACUUUAAAGUGGAGUAUGUUAAGCACCUCCCUUUUGUUGCAGGUGCUAUGAUUGACUCCUAUACAACAGCAGAAUACUGGAAGAACCGGACUCGGGAGCGUUUAGGGAUUAAAAUGCCUGAGACCUAUGUUGUGCACCUUGGGAAUAGCAAAGAAUUAAUGGAAGUAGCUGAAAACAGCGUGGCAAAACGGGUUCUUCGUGAGCAUGUACGAGAAUCCCUUGGAGUGCGGAAUGAAGAUCUGCUCUUUGCAGCUAUCAAUAGUGUUUCACGUGGGAAAGGUCAGGAUUUAUUUCUCCGUUCCUUCCAUGAAAGUCUACAGCUAAUCCAAGAGAAGAAACUACAAGUGCCAUCAUUGCACGCGGUAAUAGUGGGAAGUGAUAUGAAUGCUCAGACCAAGUUUGAAACAGAAUUGCGUAACUUUGUGGCAGAGAAAAAAAUUCAAGAUCGUGUUCACUUUGUCAACAAAACCCUUAAUGUAGCUCCUUAUCUUGCGUCCAUUGAUGUUCUUGUUCAGAACUCCCAGGCUCGGGGAGAGUGCUUUGGGAGGAUAACCAUUGAAGCUAUGGCUUUUCAACAGCCGGUAUUGGGUACAGCAGCUGGUGGCACAAUGGAAAUCGUGGUUAAUGGAACAACCGGAUGGUUACAUCAAGCCGGGAAAGAAGGCGUAACACCACUUGCUGAAAAUAUUGUCAAAAUGGCCACACAUGUUGAGAGGAGACUUACCAUGGGAAAGAAAGGGUACGAGAGGGUUAAAGAACGGUUUAUGGAACACCACAUGUCACAGAGAAUCGCUUUGGUCCUGAAGGAGGUUCUGCGAAAGUCAAACAGUCGCCCUUAAUCUUAGAGUUUCCAAAGCUCAUACUUCACGAUCUUGAAAUUUUUUCUGUUUAAGGAGGAUUGUCCUUGCAAGAACAUCCUCAGCUGGAUAGCCAAUCUCACUCCCUUGUAUCAUAUGUAACAGGCAACUCUUGUUUACUGAAAAAAUGAGUCAUUUUCAAUGAUCUUAUGAUUUUCAGAUUUUCAAUUUCUGGCAGACCGAUCAUCUUUUUUCAUUGGGAAUUUACCUUGCUUUUGGUCUACUUCCUUAUUUAGACGUUGUAAUAGAUUUUUAGGGUAAAUUACACUAACCCCCUUUUAGAUUUGGAGAAA